AUGGAGACUGCGGAGCCUGCGUCUUACGACUUCCCAGGCCAUGCCAUGGGUGGGUUUACACACAGGCGCCCGAUGGACUCAACCCUGAGUCAAAACUUCCCCUUCUAUUCGCAUCAAACGGGGGCGCCAUACUCGCUGUCUUACCAGGCCCCAAGUAGCUUACCUUACAACUUCGGUCACUCUGUGGGUCACACACAUGUGCACUCAAAUCCCUAUCAGCAGUACUUUGUGCCCAGUCAGCAUCCGAUACAGCCGCAACCACAGCGCUUCACAACGGAACAGCCGUUGCAGCCUCUUCCAGAGAUUCGCCCGGCAAAGAAUGCCAUCGGCCAAACAGCAAAGGCUACUCCUGACUAUGGUCCGCGGGUACAGAUGUCGACUGACCGCAGACCCCCAGACGGGGCUGCAAGCGAGACGAAGCAAAAUCCUGCUGACAUUGCCUUUUCCACCAACGUGGAUGUCCUGAUGAAGACAAUUCAGGCCAAGCACGCUGCAUCAACCCAGCAGCAGUCGCUACCACCACUUCAGCAUCUGGCGCCACCGGCACCGCAGACGUACCCAGUCUCAUCCUAUGCAGCUGCAUCGCCCCCGCCCCCGCGUUACUAUUCCUCGAAUGAAGGUCAACUCUCGCGCUCGGGCAAGAAGCGCAAGUACAACUGCAGUCUCCCCGACUGUGGCAAGAGCUUUGCUCAGAAAACACACCUGGAUAUCCACAUUAGGGCACACACAGGCGACAAGCCAUUUAUCUGCAAGGAGCCCUCGUGCGGGCAACGCUUCUCGCAGCAAGGCAACCUCAAGACCCAUCAGCGACGUCACACGGGCGAGAAGCCCUUCCAGUGUGAUAUCUGCCACAAGCGAUUUGCCCAGCGAGGCAACGUCCGCGCUCACAAGCUCACCCAUGACCAAUCUAAGCGCUUUGAUUGCCGCCUAGAUGAAUGUGGCAAGCAGUUCACUCAACUGGGCAACUUGAAGUCCCACCAAAAUAAAUUUCACGCGGCAACACUACACGACCUGACAGUCCGCUUCUCGCAGAUCGGCGAAAGCGGACUGAUGAAUAUGAACGCAGCAGAUCGCGAGCUGUGGCUAUACUUCGCGGGAUUAUACAAGAAUAGCAACAAGGGCAUCAAAGGCCGGGGCAAGGAUCGGCGGAUCUCAACGACGAAACGACCCGAUGGGCACAGUAGCUGCAACUCCAUGGAUCGAACACAGUCUGUGGAGUCCGAGGAGGGCGCUUCAAAGAUGCAGAUGCAGAUACGCCGCGGCAGCUACGAAGAUGGUUUCUCCGUGUACAAUGCCUCUAGCAGUGAUGGCGAUGAUGGAGAGCCGUAUUAUAUUGACCGCAGGGCUCAUGGUCAUGGCCACGGCCAUGUUCAUGGACACGGUCACGCGACUCACGCCCACGGCCAUGACCACAGCCAUGGGCCUUGA